AGCAUUUGGCUCAUCAUUAAUUGCGACGUCCUUUCCUUGGCUGACUGGUGCUGUCAGCCAUGGCGCCAAACAACGCCCGAGCGCCGCUGAUCAAUGCAAAUUCUGAGAUGGUGCCAACAUCUCCUCCGUCGCAACAAGGGAUGCAGGGCGCCUCGGCACCAAGUGCUCGCCAGGCUGUCAAUGAUGACGCUCUGAUGUCCGCUCAGGAGCAAACCCCAGCUUACCGAGCUCUCUUUGAGAACAACCUCAUUUGCAACCAGUACAGAAUCCGGAGAGUAGAGGACCUCGACGUGAUUAAAGGCAACUGGGAUCUCAAUCAGAGCUUGCUUUUCAAGACGCUCAGCUGCCAUGGCUGCUGCUGCCUAGUGAAGUUCUUCGUCGUCAACGCCGGCUGCAUUCGCAGGGGAAGGCAUCAGAAUGGCACCUACAUGUUCUUCGGCGAGGGCGUGCAUGUGUAUCCAUCGCCGUACAUCACAGUAGACCAUCACGAUGCUCGCCUUACGGAAGGCGCCAUUAUCCAUGGAACCAAGGCCAUCAUUACCGUGACCCAGGGCUUUGUGGGCCUCG